AUGGUGUUUUCAGCAAAAAGAAGAGUAGUCCUAAUUGACAACUAUGACUCGUUCACCUGGAACCUUUAUGAGUACCUAUGCCAGGAAGGAGCAGAGGUGCUAGUCUACCGUAACGACCAAAUCACGCUAGAGGAGAUUGAUGAUCUAAAGCCCGACUGUGUCUUCAUCUCGCCAGGCCCAGGCCACCCCAGAACUGACUCUGGUAUAUCCAGAGACUGCGUUCGUCACUUCGCAGGAAAGAUUCCUGUUGUCGGUGUCUGCAUGGGUUUGCAGUGUAUGUUUGACGUCUUUGGUGGAACAGUAUCCUACGCUGGCGAGAUCGUGCACGGAAAGACAUCGCAGGUGACUCAUGACAACAAAGGCAUCUUCAAGGACAUCCCCCAAGGCGUGGCAGUUAGCAGAUAUCACUCAUUGGCAGGCGAGCCUCUUUCACUUCCUGAAGUCUUGGAGGUCACGGCUAGAACAGAAAAUGGCAUCAUUAUGGGAGUCAGACAUAAAAACCUUACCGUUGAAGGUGUUCAGUUCCACCCGGAGUCGAUCCUUACGGAAGCCGGCCAUGUUAUGGUCAGGAACAUUCUAAACAUCCAGGGUGGUACCUGGGAGGAGCACGAGAAGCUGAGCAAGGAAAAGCGCGUGAAAGGGUCAUCUAUUCUCGACAAGAUUUACGCACAGAGACAGAAGGAUGUUGACGAGCUUUCUGCCACGCCAGGUUUCACGCUGAGGGAUUUGCAAAGCAACUUUAACCAAGGUCUUGCCCCAGAGGUUCAAGACUUUUACACAAAGCUUUCCUCGGGCCCCAAAUCCGCUGUUAUUGCUGAAAUAAAAAGGGCUUCUCCAUCGAAAGGAGACAUUGAUAUGAACGCUAUCGCUGCAGAGCAAGGCCUGAAAUACGCUAAAGCUGGUGCUUCGGCUAUUUCUGUUUUAACAGAACCUCAUUGGUUCAAAGGCAGCAUACAAGACCUCGUGAACGUAAGAAGAGCCCUGGAUAUCGAAUUUAAGAACGCGCCCCAGGACCGUCCCUGUGUACUGAGAAAGGAGUUCAUUUUCAGCAAAUACCAGAUUUUGGAGGCUCGCUUAGCUGGUGCAGACAGCGUCUUGCUAAUAGUCAAGAUGCUUUCGCAGGACCUUCUGCUCGAGCUCUACAACUACUCGAAGUUUGAGGUCGGCAUCGAGCCUUUGGUGGAAGUGAGUUCCAAAGAAGAAAUGGGCAGAGCCCUAGAACUGAAUGCCAAGGUUGUUGGCGUGAAUAACAGAGACUUGCAUUCCUUCAAUGUUGAUCUCAACACAACGAGCUCGCUAGCUUCCUCUGUUCCAGAGGGAACUAUCCUGCUCGCGCUGUCUGGUAUUACAAGUGGAGCUGAUGCUGAGAAGUACAAGAAGGAGGGCGUGAAGGGUCUUUUGGUUGGUGAAGCCUUGAUGAGAGCUGCUAACGUUGACUCCUUAAUAAAAGACCUAAGUGCCUAA